AUGGGUCGCACUGAUUCGCAUCCCACUGAAAAGAGCAAGGAAAUGCAAGUAAAGACACAAUUAUGGAAGAUUAAACUGUGGAAAAUAUGGUACUUAAUAAAUAUUCCCAUUAUGGCUUUUCUUGAUUCUAACGCAGUGAUCCCAGAAAAUCUACAGUUUACCAAGUUCAUGCUUGAAGGAUAUAUCGAACAAUUCCAUGAUUUCCUCUGUGCAAACCCUCCAAAGUGGUUGAAAAUUAUGACUUUGUUCGAAAUCUUCUUCCAAUUGCCAGUUGCAGUGUAUUGUCUAUAUCAAUUGCUUAACCUAUCCUCUUCCAAAGCGGUAAAAAAGACGCUAGCAAAAGUUGACUUCCUCUCUAGAUUGUAUGCGCUAAAUGUCAUCUCCACAACUGCUUUCUGUAUAUACUACGUGUGGGCAUUUGGCUACUAUCCCGAUCACGUGGAUGUAUCUUUAAGUUACCCGCACAAAGCUGCCCUCACAAUGGUUUAUGCACCAUAUGUGUUAGUGACAACGUUAUUCUUUGUAUAG